GUCUUUGUUAAAUAAGUCACUGUCUUUUAUCAUAGGGAAUUUGCAAUGGAUCUUAUUUCUGUGUGCGCUUGUACGUGGAUGUGGUUUGUACAUGCCUGCAUGUAAUUGGGAUUAUUAAAGUCCUGGUAGAAUGUAGUCGAACAGGGCGGGCAGGGUGUGGCUGGGAUGCAGUUAGCAACCUAAGAAAGAGUGAGAGAACGGCCUUUAGUGAAAACCCUUUAGAUCUGGUUCACUCAGGCGCAACAGGUGAGAGGAGGAAGUGAACAAGUAGAAAUAUGAGGAUUGGAAUGCAAGAAGUGGACAGAUCUUUGACUGUGGGACAUUUAGAAAGAGAUCAGAGAAGGAAAAACAAACCGUCUUCACAAAGUUCAUGUGUAUUUAAAGAUCACUCAUCCUUUCUAUAAAUACCGGAUUAGAUUAUAAUAAUAAAACGUUUUAUUUAUAUAGCUCCUUUCAAAACAUAGUUAAUCAUUAAUUAAAAGUGACUGGGGGACUUCCUGUCCAAUGAUCCAAAAAAAAAAAGUUAAAAAGUUUUUAAAUCUUCAGGUGACCUGAAAGAUGUCCCCAUCAAUCAUCAACAUCUGAUCACCUGAAACUCAAAGUGGCCGUCUUACAGGGGGCACUAUGGAGCCCAUUGGCUUUGCCCUAGCAACGUAAACUUUGUGACUUUCACAUUGCCUGAAGCCACAUUAAGUGAGUUUUCCAGCAUCCUAUGGCCCUCAUAAAUAGGCUCUUGCAGAAUAAUAAUAAUUAUCAUAAUAAUAAUAAUCCCCAUCAUCAUAAUCAUCAUUAAAAACAAUAGGUCGCACCUUCAGAGCUCUGGGCCUAUGGACAGAAUAGAAGUACAGUUUGAGGGACUGCCAUAAGUGCCUCUAUAGAUAAAAGAAUUUCAAAUGAGCAAACAAAUAAAAUAAAAUCCAGCUGUUUAAAUACUCUCUGAGGUACUUCUACCGUAUAGAUCAAUUAAUUGAAAUAAAAUAAUCAAACUAUAGAUAAAAUCAGCUUUUGGGGCAUUUUAAUAAGGAACUUAAAAUGGGAGCCUUAUAUCUCCCAGGGAAGUCCUGUCUGAAAACAAUGGAAAGUUGUUUCAUGAGCUUCCUCAGAUGUAUGAGAAUGCAUCAUUAUCAACGUCUCAUUAUCAACGUCUCAUCUUUUCCUUCUUUCCAGCCAUGAGUGAUCACCUCAGAAGUAGCUACUCUGGGUCCUCAGCCCCGGAGCUGAGGCUCAUUCUUCUGGGGAACCUUGGAUGUGGAAAGACUUCCUCAGUCGACACCAUCCUGGGCCAACUGUCGCCCGUCUCUCCCUCUGCCUCCAGGAGCUGCCAGCUGCGACGGGGCUUCACCGAGGGCAGGAGCAUGACCCUGGUGGAGGCGCCGAGAUGGUACUGGAACGGAGGGAAGAUGGAGGAGAGCGUCAGGAAGGAGACGGAGCGAGUGCUGGAACUGGCAGAACCGGGUCCACACGCCAUUUUGCUGCUGGUGCCAGUGGGCCAGUUCACAGAGAUGGAGGGUCGAGUACCUGCAGAGAUGGAGCAGCUGUUUGGGGAGGAGUCACUGGAUCACACCCUGGUCCUGCUGACGUGUGGGGACUAUUUGAUGGGAAGGACAGUGGAGGAAUACCUGCAGAAAGAGAAUCCAGGCCUGCGGCAGAUCAUUGAGCGCUGCGGGGGGCGGUGCCAUGUCAUCAAUAAUCGUCAGCGACAGGACAGGGAGCAGGUCCGCGAGCUGCUGGAGAAGGUGGAGAAUAUGGUGCAGGCAAAGGGGGUGUACCACAGGAAAACGGUUCAGGAGCAGGAUCUGGAGAGACGAGUGAACGAGAGACGACAGGAACUUAUGGAAAGUUACAGAGCUCAAAAGGAAGAGCGAAUAGAAAGUAGAGGAGAGGAGGGCGGUACCACCUUGGAGAAGUGGAGGAGAGAAGAGAGAGACGAGACGGAGAGAAGAGCAAGUGGAAGUCAAAGGUCCAAUGGGCUUCAUUCAACUCCAGCGCCAGAGCCAGAGUCGUAUUCAUCUUAUUCACAGAUGCAGGAUGACAGGCAGGUGAAGAGGACGCCCAGCUUCAGACUGAACCCAGAUGGAGCUGUACUCUCUCAAAUGUCUGAGGUUGCAUCAUCUCCGAAAAAGAUUACAACGUUUCAUCACAGAAUCAACAGCUUUGAAGAGAGAUUCCCGGAGGCGCCUCCUACUUCCUCUCCCUAUUCACCCGUCUUCUCCUCCUCCCCUUCCUCACCGACCUUUGCUGCCUCCUCUUCCACACUCCCCUCAUCCUCCUCCCCCUCCUCAUCUACUUUUGCCUCCGCCUCUCCCACGUCAUCCUAUUCAUCCUCCUCAUCCUCUUCAUUCCCCUCAUUCUCCUCGUCCUCCACAUACCCCUCAUCUUAUUCAACCUCCACAUCAACUUUGGCCCCCGCCUCUCACACAUCAUCCUCUUCAUUCCACUCAUCUUCCUCAUCCUCCACAGUCCCCUCAUCCUCCUCAUCCUCCACAUUCCCCUCAUCGUAUUCAAGCGCCCCAUCAACUUUAGCUUCUGCCUCUCGCACAUCAUCCUCUUCAGUCCCUUCAUCCUCCUCAACCUCCACAGUCCCUUCAUCCUCCACUUCUUCCACAUUGCCCUCAUCUUAUUCAACCUCCUCAUCAACUUUUGCCUCUGCCUCUUCCACCUCAUACCCCUCAUCCUCCUCACCCUCUCCGGAGCUGCGUCUGGUGCUUCUCGGGCGCUCUGGAGCAGGGAAGAGUGCAGCCGGCAACAGCAUCCUCAGGGGAGACGAGUUCAAGUCGGACCCGGACAGCCUCACGUCUGUCACUCAGCAGUGUGAGAAAAAGAAGGCGCUGGUUGAAGGACGAAGGGUGGCAGUGGUGGAUACCCCAGACUGGUUCACUUCAGAGCGAACUCCAGAUGAGGUGCGAGCUCAGAUCUCCUCCUGUGUUGCUUUGUCCAGUCCCGGCCCCCACGCCUUCCUCCUGUGCGUCCCCUUGGACCAGCCCGCAAAGACCGAGCUCCAGGCCCUCAAGACCCUCGAAGUUGUUUUCGGCCCGGACGCAAUCCAGAAACACACUCUGGUCCUUUUCACUUACGCAGAUCGACUGAGGGAGACUGGGAAGGCAGGAAACAACAGCAUAGAGGAAUAUAUUGCCAGUCAGCGGGGGGAUUUCUUAAACCUUGUGGAAAAAUGCCGUGACAGGUUUCAUGUUCUGGAGAGCGGAUGGGGUCAGGAGGAGAUGAGGAACGUGGCGGAACUGCUAGAAAAGGUGGAGCAGACGGUGCGGGAGGCCGGAGGACAGUGUUACUCUUGUCCUGCUUUUCAGGAGGCUGAGAACCGAGUGAGACAGAGACAGGUAGAGAUAGCGAGAGAGAAUAGAGGCAAGAAGCUGGAGAAGGAAAAAUCAAGCGAGGUUGCACAGCUUAACUCAGAGAGGCGGUUAAUCUAUCCCUUCAUGCAGUCUGUGGCCGAGGCAGAAGAGGAAGUGAGAGAAGAUGAGAUAGAGAAAACACGGCAUGAGGCAGAGAUGAGUGUAAGCACCAUGGACAUCGAGAGCCUUCCUGCUAUUACACUUUCAGGCUUGUCGCCUUCAUUACUUAGUUCCAUUAUGGAGAAAAUGGAGUCUAGUGCAAAAAUGUUACCCAAGCUGUUGUCAGAUGGCUCCGUGUGGGCUGGUGAGGGAGCUAAGAAGGUGAAAAGUAGCCCAGUGUGGGGGACGGUGGGCACCAGAGCACAAAACCUUCAGAAGAUGAUGGCUGAUAGUUCAGUUUGGGGAAAGAUGGGAGCUGGCGCACAACAUGCAUCCAAACUAGUAGGAGAUAGAGUACCCAAGGUGGUGGUGGAUAGUUCUGUGUGGGUGGGAUCUGGAGCAAAAGCAGCAGCAGGAAGUCCCAUGUGGGGGAAAGUUGGUUCCGGGGCCAAACUAGUGGCGGACAGAUCCAUGCUUGUAGGGUCCGGGAUCGGAUCUGGGGCCAAGAAUUUGGCACAGAGUCCUAUGUGGGGAAAAGUAGGAUCUGGGGCCAAGAGCGGAGCUAAACUGCUAGCUGACAGUUCUUUACGAGUCGGAGCUGGAAUCGGUGCCGGUGCAAAGAAGGUGGCGCAGAGUCCGGCGUGGAAGAAGAUGGGCUCGGGGGCCAAAGCAGGGGCCAAGGCAGGGGCCAAAAUGGUGGCUGAGAGCCCAGUGUGGGAGAAAACCGUGACCACUGUUAAAGAGGUGCCCAAGGUUGUUUAUGCAGGCGCACUGCUGGGUCUCCUGCUGGGCUUGUUUCUGUGGGGUCUCCUCGGCGGAGCUGUCGGUGCAGCUGCUGGAUCAGUGGUAACUGAAGUGGGCAGACGGAAGCUCAGCAAGAAAACCACGUUAGAAAAGACGAACGAAGCCGUCAAAUCUGUGGAGAGAAAAGUGAACGACAGCGUGGACUCACUGGCAAAACAAGGAGAGAAAGUUCUGAAAACUGAAUGAACGACUGAAGGGAGUGUGUUUGUAAAGUGCUUAACAUUAAUUAAGACAUUGAUUUGUUUUGAUUUAGUACCGUCACAAUUUAACUCAAAAUCAACUUCUUAUUUAUUCACAGAAUUUUUAGAUAAAGGGUUUAUUUUAAAAUAAAAGAUGUUUACAACUUCACUUUUUUUUCCCGCUAGUUCAAGAAAGUGGGUGUUUGUGUCUUUUAAGAAAUGUUGAAUAUUACCCACAGUAAUUGUUUGAUUGAUAUUUGUCAUUCAAGCAUCAAAUGUCUAUAUAUGAAAAGAAUGUCUACAUUUGGCCACAAUAACUCAAAGUUGUUAGGGCACAUUGCACAAGUAUGUAGGUACGUGUUUUAUAUACAGUUUGCAAUCGGCUUCUGUAAGAAAAACAUGAAAUUAUUGUAAAAUAAUUAUUAAACUUUAUAAUUAUACUUUACACUAUGAUUUUGCCAAAUUCUUGCCCAUCACUAAAUGUAAGUAGUAGAGUCAAGGGGAAUUUAAACUUGAUUUCUUUGUCUGUCAACACGUUACAUUACAAACUCUACACAGUACAGUGCAUCAUUCACUGAGCACCUUCCCCUUAUACUUUAUUCUCCUGUACUUAAUUAAAGAAAAAUGCAUUGUUAAA